AUGGCUCUCUAUUCUGCAGAAUCCUUAGAAUUUAUCAUCAACCAUGUCAUCUUACCACCUAAACUGCCCCAGGAAGCGGACAAUUCGAAGACCUCUCGUGCCGCUGAACAACAAUUACUCGGGCUCCUCUCAUCGAAAUUGGAUGCCUAUUGGCGUCAAUACCGGCGAGACAAUCAUGGCCCCAUGUCUGCAUUCAACAAGGCCGGGGAUGUCAUCAAGACCAUGCUCUUGCGUUGUGCUACCAUGGUCUCCACAGAAACUCUGUCUGCGGAUGUUCUCACGCGUCUGUUUGUGGAGCUGAGAGUAAAAGAUGUUCUCAUCGUACCGAUCAAAGCUCAGAAUGCAAUGCUCAUCUUGCGAAGGACCAAGGAAACGGUUAUAUUUGAAUGCUUCGAGGCUUCUCCCUCUGCUGGUGCCGUCAUGGGAUGCAAAGGAAGUCUACUUUGCACAUUUCCCGCCCAUGCCCGUGCUGUCCAUGUCUCGACCUUCCGUGACCCUCGAUUUCACAACGAAUUGGCUGCUGCAUUAAGCAAGCUAGACAUGGAGGUUGUCGACGAAAUGAUGCCUCAAUCUCGAAAGGCGGGUUCUAAGAUGGCGGAGAUUCGAGACACUGCUCAUCCAGGACUUGUAAGCGACAUGCUCAUGGCCAUCCUAGCUUCCGUGGGAGAGUCAGUCCAAGCACAGCGAAUCACUAAACGAACAAGAGACGACGUUUUGUGGAGCAACGCUCUCCUGCCUUGGCGACGAUCGCCCCUUUGGCUUGCUAUACGGGUCACCAUACAGACUACAUUGUGCCGAGAAUUACUGACAGAAGAGGGGAACAUCCAGUAUAAAAAUUUCAUGAUAUAUCUGAUGUCAGAGAUUGCGUCCAUGGCAGUGCGUAUGGAUGAGCCAGUGGAUACGUGUCAUGCCGUUCUGGCCAAGAUCGCUCGUCGUGUGCAUAAGCUAGGUCCACAUACCUUUGGCUUCGUUCAGGAGGAGGCUUUGGAUACCUGCCGGCGUGUUAGGGCCCAACAGAGCGUGCAGUGGGCCGAGGUGCGGAGAUUGGACGCCGACCGCCCAACGACAGUCCAGAAAUCAUCUUUUGCCCGCGAUACAGCACUCUCUUUGAGUGUGAGUAGACUAUACUUGGACGCGACAUUGGCGUAUGGCCAAAACAAAGCUGCCUCCGCAAAAUCCUUUGCUCCAGAUUGUCAACCUUGGCUGGGAUGGUCUCGAGGACUUCCAAGUCUUGAUACGAGCAGUGCUGCGGGGGAAGAGCUUGUCUUCGUGCUGGCCGAGUUUGAAAGCUGGGUUACGAUUUCUCUUCCUCCCUGGGUUGCAAAGUUCGACUCGUGCCCCCCAGCUCCUGAGGACUGCAUGGCACUUGCCACUCUAGGAGAAAGCUACUGGCGCAAAUCGGAAACAGCUUACGUCGACGCACCAGAGCAGCUUUCGAUAAUGUUACUCAUUAUUGCGGAGCUCUGGCAUGCGGUCGACCGCUUGGCAAUCAAUCUCUUCCCCUUACUCAAGCAGUAUUCUCCGGUGGUCUCUAACGACCUGUUCUACCCGCUGCUAUUACCCCAACGGGGCCAUAUGCAGCGUCUGCACAAAGUGGAGCAGUACAUCACAUUCCGCCAUGCCCACGCGAGGCAAGAGAAUCCCUCCAUCUUCUCCGAUCCCGGAAGCAGAUCCUUUGCGGUGGCGUACUAUGCUAUUUCCGCCCCACACCAGGCUUUGAGGGCGCGGAUUGAAGCAGAAGCCUCAAAAAUGAGGGCGGCCAAGAAGUCGGAAUGGGUGGAAGCUUCGGAUAGGUAUCGCCGGCUCAUUUCCGAGGUGGAGGCACUUGAGUGCCAAUACAUCAUGAAAAUCAGCGGUCGGAUUGUGCACAGUGUGCCUUGCAAGAAAUGCGAUCUCAAAAGCCAAGCAAAAAAUACUAGAAUUUCCAAAUACGAGUGGCCGCUGCCUACAGACCAGUAUUCCUGCAUGUCCGCUGUGUUCGAGCUUGACUGUCCGGCAGGUUUCGUCGCUUGGCGUAAUCUUACAUGGAUGCUGACGCAUGACAUUGGGAGGCCCCAGUGGAAUCGUGGUGAAAACCACGCCGAUACCUUGCAUUCUUACUCUGGGCUUCGGAGCUACAGCCAAGAGAAGUCGUCACGUAUGGUACUAGCAUCGAGGGUGAAGUCCUUCGAGAAGACACACUACACUCUCGGGUUCCCCGUUCGCUAUGAUGAGAUCUACAGUAACAAUGCGUUACAGUACGAAAUGCUAGACAAAACACAGUUGAGUUGGGUGAAAGAGCAGUCCAACAAGCCAAGCCUCGAGCAUAAGUGUAUCCAGCCGCUUCCCGAUGGUCCCUACUCAAACUUGCAAUUUGCUGUCGAUUCAACAGAUCAUGCACAGAACCAUGUUCUGGCAAAGCAGGACAUUUGCUCCCCUGCGUUGAGUCUCCAUGAGUUUAUUAGCUUUGGGUCCUUGCGCGCAGACGGUGAACAAACCCAAUGGGUCAAUAUUCAACGCGAGCUGAGCGCCCCCAAUUUAAGCUUUAAUACCGAAGCUGUAUCGACAUUGUUUUUGCACGCUGCUUAUCAAGCAGGGUCCAGUGGGGACAAUGUGCACAGAAUCUCGCACCGCAUUCUUGACAACCAGCCAUUCUGCGAAGAGCUCUUGGCUAAGAUCCGGGUAAGUUUGGACACUGUGGAGGCAAACUGGAAAAGUGACUAUUUCAUGAUGCUUCUGGUCAAUGUUACACUUCGGACGCUUUCUCUUACCCCAGACAAUAGCGUCGUCUCACUGGCUCUGGAAACGUUGAGACGUAUCCGCGGAAUUACUCAACGGUGGAUGGGAGCAUUGCGGAGUCUUCUGCACGAAGCUACCAAAGACGCUCAGAUUCAGAACCUCCAGCACCGCCUGCUGAAGGCUGCCAUGCUUUGCAAAUUGACCUACGACGUUGACAGUCAUUACAUCCCACAAGUGUUGGACAGCGACAGCGAUCUGAGUACGUGGGUCAUCAGCUGCGUGCUGGUUCGAGAAAAUGUCCUGGGCGACGCCACAUCUUUAUCGCCGUACACACGUCGCAUGUACUUACACGACCUAAAGCUGACGCAUGCCCUUCACAGCAUUGCUCUUGGCCUUGUCAUGACAGACACCAAUCAAGGCCUCGACCAAGGAAUAUCGAAGGUCUGGCCUAGCUUUCAAUCUGCGUCGAACAGCUGGAACGCUCUGUCUGGUCCAAACGAGCGAUGGGUAACAACACGAACAAAAGCAUCCUCCGGUUGCGCCUCGCAAACGGUGCAUUACAAUGUUCUAGACGGAGAGUUGUUGGUGGAUGGAAGACCACUGGGUCGACUUCCACGGGAAUACCUUAGCAGCGGAACAUAUCGAAGAGUCUUUGGACCUCAGCUUCUGAACGUCUUCGCCGCGGACAUGCGCGGAAUGCUGUACAUGACAGCCCAGGAGAUUCAUGGCUAUCUGGCCUACUUUACCGUACGUGAAGGGAAAAUCGUGGUCAAGCUCCGUCAAGGUUCGCAAAUCUUGGAAUAUGUGCCCCAUGAUGUCUUCGUGGGUGACAUGCCUUCUAAAUUCAUCAAUGAUUACGUUCACUGGCUCGAUCUGUCAUCCCACGAAAUCGAAUUCAGACCGCUAGAACAGCGUUGGACUAGCGUAAAGAAGAACUGGCGCCUGGGAUACCAACCGAAUAAUGUUUCACAUCUUUCCCAAGGCGACAUUUCGCUGGUUGAUGUACGAAGUGCUACCUUCAGGAGAACAAUGGACGUAUUCGAAGCAUUGGAAACCUGGGAAAAUACCCAUGUUUUUCUCUCUUCUGACGGGCGGCUUGAUGUCUACUUUCCCAGAUUUGAUCUUCAAUUUUUCUUGAACACAGAGGGCCACUUCCAGUGUCAUGAGCUUUGUCGUAUCGUGGAUCCUGACCAGUCUCUCGAGACUAUGAUUGGGCUUAAGAGCCGGCUGGUCCUUUGCGAGAUCGGUCGGCUGGCUAGGAAACAUGACCGUCUCCUGGUAAUUCCUCAAGGGGAGGUGUCCAUCUCAAAAAACAGCUCCCACGUCAGUGUAACAGUGGACACUAGCGGCAGAAAAAUCCGGCUGUUCCGGUAUCAGAUCGAUGGGGUCUUGCGGCGUCUCCAAGGAUCCGGAGACAUUACGAGCACUUUGUACAAAGCGUACCUUCAUGCUGUCACAUCAUACGUGCUUCCUGAUCCGUUUACUGGCAACACUGGAACAGAAGAGGCUUUGGCUUGUCUCCGACAACAGUCCAUAAGCUUGACGAAACCAGCGGACGAGGAAAUACUUCGACUUUUGACAUGGAUCGCUGAGCUGACGCCUGACCGUAAAUUUUACCCGAAGCAUCUCAAAGUGAUGCAGCAAGUCGAAUGGAACCCUCGGCUAUCUACGAUGGCCCAGCACGAUGAUUUCGUAAUGCUUGCCCAGCAGAUUCUGGCUUCCGGAGAUAGGUUUCUCGUUUUCUAUCCAGACAGCAAAGGAGCUUCCAACCUGUAUGCUGGUCGCGACAAGGACCUUUUGGAUCGUGCAAAGGUCAGGAAUUCUGGCUUUCUCGGCUCUAGAAUUGGUGGCAAUGUAGCCAAAAAUCAAGGGGACGUCCCAUACCAAGCUCGCGAUCGCAUUCCAUUGGGGGAGCGAGCAGCUAGGACAUAUGGCAUUGCAUCACUCGUCAGAGAGUGGCCCCAGAAAUGCAAGGUAUCUAGGAGACUGAUGCAAGACCUUCAAGCCCUGGGAACAGUAUCUGGAUUCGGGGCGCGCUUCGGGUCUUCAAAGCCGUUGUCUGAAUUGCUGGAUGUCUCUUGGGCUUCUUCGUGGGCAAGCCUUCUGGAACUUUGCCGAUCCAGCUCGCAACGACAAGACACCUAUCGAUUGCUCUUUCUCUUUUCCACGAUAGCAUAUGGCCGCGACACUACAGAUCUUGCUCGGUUGGCCACCUUGUUGGCAUUCGCUUUCUCGCGGGAGCUGCGCGCAAUUGGCAGCCCUCCUUCCCAUCCGUCGUUUACAUUGACUCACGGCAUCACUUUCCUCUCUUCAGAAGUGCGCCCCAUUAUCCAGCGACAAAUGAAAGAAUUCUCGCCUUCAUCCAGUCACAUGAGUGCAUCUGACCGACGAGCGGAAGAGCAAACCUACGACGACGAAAAACAGGUCCAGACCGAUAGUGUUUUAGAACACUACAGUGACCAAUGGCCUCGCAGUGUACCCCAGCCUCCUAGGGCAGCAAGUGCAAGUCUGCUGGAUAUACAUGCUGCAAGUCUGGAGGUUGAGCUUCUCUUCGCUCAUUGGACCAGGAAUGGAGAGCUCCAGAAUUAUAUAAGCCGUGCUCAAUCAAUACUGGAUCGGAUAUACGAAGACCGACCUACUCAACAGUACAGAGCUGACGUUUGGCAAACGUGGCAGGCCCAUCUGAGACUGGAUGCUGCCCCUUUGCUACCAACGUUGCCUAUGCUCAUGUCGGCUGCGCCGCCCCCACUGUCCCAAAAGCGUGAGGUCAAAACCAUUGAAAGCAUAUCACAAGUUUCAACCUCCAAUCCAAAGCUCCAAAGCUUGGUCAAAGCAUUGGGCGCAGAACGAAAAAAAUCAUCCAUGCGCAAGCGGUACGGCGAUGAGCUUCUAGCCAGCCUCGAUGCAUUUGGUAACCACAAAGAGCGCCUCGUUCCCGGCACGUUACCCUGCUCGCUUAGAGACCUUCUGCUAGACCGUCAAGGUUGUGAGGAGUAUUUGUCCGAUAUGUUCGAGCGCAUACGCGAUAGCCUUGGCCCUAAGGACCGAGUUUCACGGAUCUUGGAGGCCGGGGGACUUCGGCCGCGACCCACAAUUCGUUCCAUCGUUGCAAUCUUAGCCAAUUUCGCGGUGUUGAAAGUACCUUUGCGCUGGAAGUCCCGCUUACUUGCGCUAGGGGAGGCAAUUACAAUCCUCCAGCGUGCCCGGCGACUUGUACUUGCUGGCGAACGGAACGAUGUACCGACUCUGUCUGCUGAGCUGGAAAACGUCGGGCGUGUCGGAUGGGAAGCCUCUCGUUGGCCUGAGUGGCUUUUGAUUGAAAUAGAGAACGACCUUCUCAUCCGACCAAAUCAGGCACAAGUGGCACUCGAGAUGCUGAGCCCGUCAUCGUCUAUGAGCUCUCUCACACAGCUAAACAUGGGAGAGGGAAAGUCUUCUGUGAUCGUCCCUCUUGUUGCUGUCGCAAUCGCAAAUGGCAGUAGACUGUCAAGGGUCAUCGUCCUCAAGUCGUUGGCUCAACAAAUGAGCGAUACCCUCACCGUGCGUUUGGGGGGCUUACUGGAUCGUGCCAUCUAUUAUAUGCCAUUCAGCAGGAAGAUUGACAUCACCACGGCGGUGGUUAGACAAAUCCAGGUAUUGCAGGAGACUUGUAAAUCUUCCAAAGGCAUUCUACUUGCCCAGCCCGAACACAUACUCUCAUUCAAGCUAAUAGGGAUCGAGCGACUAACGGCGGGAGAAUUUGAGAUUGCUGGCCCGCUCCUCCAAUCACAGAGCUGGUUGGAGGCGAACUCUCGAGAUCUUUUAGAUGAGAGCGAUGAAAUCCUCGAUGUCAAGUUCCAGCUCAUCUACACUCUGGGCUCUCAGAGACUAAUGGAUGGUCAGCCUGACCGCUGGCUCUUAAUACAAUCAAUGUUCGACCUUAUUGAGAAGCACACUAUCAUUCUUCAAAAGACAAACCAUAGGCACAUAGAGAUAAACCAUCGGACGCGUUCAAGCUUCCCCACCAUAAGAAUACUUUCGGAAUCCAUCGGCCACAAACUCAUGAGUAAGGUGGCUGAUGACGUGCUGGAAAGCCACCUCCCUACCUUGAGCUUCGAGCAAUGUCCGACACGGGUGAAGGAGGCUGUGCUACACUUCAUCCAAAACGUACGCGUCUCGAAAGAGGACUCCGAUGUGAUCAAAGGCUUCUAUGGUGGCGGAGCGUCAUUCCUACAAAACCUCCUCUUGACUCGAGGUCUGAUCGCUUACAGGAUCCUGCUGUUCGUGCUGCGGGAAAAGAGAUGGUCUGUUAACUACGGCUUGCACCCCACACGUUGUUUAUCGGCUGUUCCUUAUCGCGCUAAAGAUGUUCCUGCUCCGAGCGCUGAGUUUGGGCACCCCGAUGUUGCGAUAGCCCUGACUUGCCUGUCAUACUAUUAUACUGGUCUGUCCGAGCCACAGAUCAGGCAGUGCUUUGAGCUGCUUUCGAAGGCCGACGAUCCGUCGUUGGAGUACGGAGCGUGGAUCAACCGCUGCACCAAUCUGCCAAGCCAUCUAAAAGACUGGAGCUCUGUGAACCUCGAGGACGACCAUCAAUGCAGCAACGAACUGUUUCCGGCUUUGAGGCACUGUAAGAAGAUUACUGACUACUUCUUGGCCAACGUCGUCUUCCCUAAAGAGGGCAAAGAGUUUGACGAGAAAUUGUCAACAUCUGGCUGGGAUGUGCCAGCUAAAGUUGGAGGACCGCAUCUGACCACAGGUUUCAGCGGGACCAACGACAAUCGUUUCCUACUUCCACUUUCAAUCACACAGCAAGAUCUGCCGAAUCUCCAGCAUACCAGUGGAAAGGUGCUGGACUGUGUCGUACGAGAAGAGAAUUUGCGCUACUUCUGUGCGAGAGACUCGAAAGGUCGGCAGGUGUCAACCAAAGCACUGCUCCAGGAUAUCACCAACGCCGACCCCCAUGUGCGGGUAUUGAUUGACGUUGGGGCGCAAGUGCUGGACGUGUCCAACAUAGAGCUGGUCAGGACUUGGAUGACCAUGAUCCCCAAUGCUGACGCGGGCAUCUUCUUCGACAAAAACGACAAUGUCAUGGUACUGAACCGAGAUAACAACCUCGAAACACUCACAGCCUCCUCGUUUCAAGCCCGUAUGGAUCGAUGCCUUGUUUAUCUCGAUGAAGUACAUACCAGAGGGACCGAUCUAAAGCUGCCGACGAAUACUCGUGCGGCCGUGACUCUAGGCCCAAGACUGGCGAAAGACAAGCUCGUCCAAGCGUGUAUGCGGCUUCGCAAGCUUGGUCAAGGCCAGUCGUUGAUGUUUGUGGCGCCGCCCGAAGUCCACCAGAGCAUCAUAGGUGCUACUGGCAAGGACGGUAACGAUAUUAAUGGCUACGAUGUUGUCGCCUGGAGUCUUGAGCAGAGCUGCUUAAACAUUGAGCGCUCCCAGCCGCUGCGCGUGCUGCAAGGCUUGAGUCAUCAUCAACGGCAAAAAACGAUGGCUCACUUCAGUAAAAGAUAUGAUGAUCUUGAAGACGUAGCCGACGAGACAGAUGCCACGAAGGGCUUCAUAUCGGCAUUCAGAGAGAAAGAAGAGCAGCGCCUCACGGAUCUUUACGCUCCUGCGUCCCUCAAGACCAGCGGCGUUCUAUCUAUCAUAGAUUCUAGCCAAAAGGAUCUUGAUCCCACUGUACGAAAGCUGCUCGCGAUGUGGCGAAGUGUGGAUCUCUCCAUUUCAGCAGGCGCGUCGAUGCACGAGGAGCAUGAGCGAGAAGUGGCCCAUGAAGUUGAACAAGAGACACAGAUACAGCGCCCUCCCCGCGUGAAGGCCGUCAGACGUGUGGUGGACAUUUCGCUUCGACAAUUCGUACGCACUGGUAGCGAUCUCAGUUUCCAACAGUUUACUCAAGCACGUGACGUUGUCGGUCACACAUCAGCAAAAGAUUCAACCGCAGCCGAGCUGUUUGGUCAUCUAAGAGUGACCACGGAUUUCGCCCGGACGGUGGACCGCCCGCAGUCUGGCUACUACGAUAGCUAUCUUCGUCCUGUGAACUGGGUUCUCACGAGCAAGCAGUAUGCCCAGCCUGCCAACUUGCUUCUAGUCUCACAGUACGAAGUCAACGAGCUCUUCGAUGAAAUUCACGCGAAUUCUGCAAAAGUCAAGCUGCAUAUCUACGAGCCCCGCGUCACGAAAUCCCUGCGUGCUGUGGAUCUCGCACCGCCUGGCCGAACAUGUCCUUCUGUGGUCGGCUGGCAGAGCCUGACGCAUAGACUUCGGCGCGAGCUGCAUCUGUUUGCCGGGCAGCUAUACUUCAACACAUUUGAAGAAUACCUUGAGCUUCUCACAGACGUGAUUACUGCAAAGUCCACAGUCCAAGCCGAACAAGCUCUCAGAUUCAUCAAGGCUUGGGUUGCUAUCCGUCGCAAAGGGCAGGAUUUCUGGCCGACCCAUGUUGGACAGAUGGUCAACAAUCGCACGAUCAAAGAAGGGGAGGCUUUUGACUGA